AAAAAAAAAGGCAACAUGGGAUGGGCCGAAAAACGUAUCUCCUCCUAUGCAGGAUGGAUGGGCUUGGGCCAACUCGAAUGUCUCCAACCCAAGCCUCAUUUUCAGUUUGUUCCUGGUAUAUAUAUUGUCUCUGAAAACCCUAAAGCUGAAAUUCCCUCAAGACCUGCUGGCCUCGGCGUCUACAAGCUCGCAGCAAAAUCAGAGUCAGAGAGGUACACACCGGCGCAAUUCAUCGUCAUGGGUAAGGUACACGGAUCUUUGGCUCGUGCUGGUAAGGUGAGAGGCCAAACUCCCAAAGUUGCUAAGCAGGAUAAGAAGAAGAAGCCCAGGGGACGGGCUCACAAGCGCAUGCAAUACAAUCGUCGAUUCGUCACGGCAGUGGUUGGAUUUGGCAAGAAGAGAGGACCCAACUCGUCCGAGAAGUAGAAGUAGGCAGGCUUGGAUUUUGUGAUUUGUUAUUUGAAUUUUGAUGUUGUUUUUAUAAGACCCUUUGUACUACUUGAUUAUCAGUUUUUGAUGCUCUCUUUAGUUAUUAUUGGAUUUUAUGUUGAAAUUAUUAUGCUCUAGUUAAAUCAGAAUUAAAAUUCUUGCUUC